CGCACGGUGCGCGCCCCGGCGGCGGCGGGGUGCAGGUGGGCUGAGGCCCGCGCGUCGUCGCGGACGCCCUCUUCGGAGGUGGGAGGGGCAGAGGGAGGAGGCGCGGGCCCGGCGGAAGCCAUGUUUGUGGCGCGCAGCAUCGCGGCGGACCAUAAGGAUCUCAUCCAUGAUGUCUCUUUCGACUUUCACGGGCGACGGAUGGCUACCUGCUCCAGUGACCAGAGUGUUAAGGUCUGGGAUAAAAGUGAAAAUGGGGAUUGGCAUUGUACUGCUAGUUGGAAGACACAUAGUGGAUCUGUGUGGCGUGUGACCUGGGCCCAUCCAGAAUUUGGACAGGUUUUGGCUUCUUGUUCUUUUGACCGAACAGCUGCUGUGUGGGAAGAAAUAGUAGGAGAAUCAAAUGAUAAGCUGCGAGGACAGAGUCACUGGGUUAAGAGGACAACUCUGGUGGAUAGCAGAACAUCCGUUACCGAUGUGAAAUUUGCCCCUAAGCAUAUGGGUCUUAUGUUAGCAACCUGUUCAGCAGAUGGUAUAGUAAGAAUAUAUGAGGCACCAGAUGUUAUGAAUCUCAGCCAGUGGUCUCUGCAGCAUGAGAUUUCAUGUAAGCUAAGCUGUAGUUGUAUUUCGUGGAACCCUUCGAGCUCUCGUGCUCAUUCCCCCAUGAUCGCUGUAGGAAGUGAUGACAGUAGUCCAAAUGCAAUGGCCAAGGUUCAGAUUUUCGAAUAUAAUGAAAAUACCAGGAAAUACGCAAAAGCUGAAACCCUCAUGACAGUCACAGAUCCUGUCCACGAUAUUGCCUUUGCUCCAAACUUGGGAAGGUCUUUCCAUAUCCUAGCCAUAGCAACCAAAGAUGUGAGAAUUUUUACAUUAAAGCCUGUGAGGAAAGAACUUACCUCCUCUGGUGGACCAACAAAAUUUGAAAUCCAUAUAGUGGCUCAGUUUGAUAAUCAUAAUUCCCAGGUCUGGCGAGUGAGUUGGAAUAUAACAGGGACAGUGUUAGCAUCUUCAGGAGAUGAUGGCUGUGUAAGAUUGUGGAAAGCUAAUUAUAUGGACAAUUGGAAGUGUACUGGUAUUUUGAAAGGUAAUGGGAGCCCUGUCAAUGGGAAUUCUCAGCAGGGAAACUCAAAUCCUUCCCUAGGUUCAAAUAUCCCAAAUCUUCAAAAUUCAUUAAAUGGAUCUUCUUCUGGCAGGUAUUUCUUUCCCCCUCUGGACCCCCCACGGGCUGGAUCGAGAUGGUCCAGUUAUGCCCAGCUCCUUCCUCCUCCUCCUCCUCCUCUGGUAGAGCACUCUUGCGAUGCUGACACUGCCAACCUCCAGUAUCCUCACCCUCGCAGACGGUCUCUCUCUCGGCCUCUUAACCCCUUACCUGAGAACGAAGGGGUUUAAAACACUGGUGUAACACUUAAAGGCCUUUUUCAAGUGCUUGUAAAUGCUUUCAUUCCUGGCUGCUUCUUGUUUUUCUUCAUUUUCUUUCAGAAGAUUUUUCUAAGUUAGGGUCCGUCUUGCAUGUAUUACAACCAGAACACAGUGUUUGGGACCUAAAUGUGUUUGUGCUUCUACAUCAAAGGCAUUGGCCUCACUGGUUGAUAACCUUUGAUGAAAUGCCCUGAGUACAAGUAACAUGAACUGUGAGAGUUACAGUAGCUGAUUUCACUUUUAAAGUGCCUAUUCUAUUUAGUUUUAUCUUGAACUGCUAUGGUAUUAAUUAUCUUAUGGUUUGUCAUUCUGGUUAAUAUGAAAGCAUAUCAUAAAGUUCACUUUGCCUUUGAGACAUAUUAAGAAAUGUUUUAAAUUUUACAGGCUAAUGUUGGAUCUGACUAGUUUGUAAAAAUAAAUCAUUCCUGUGUAUAAAGCAGCAAAACAGAAUAAUGGACUCUGGUUUGUUUGUUUGUUUGUUUGUUUUUGAAAGGAAAUUGCCAUUUACUACUUGGACUUGCUGUUUAAAGCUUUUGUAAUUAUUCUCCAAGUAGAUUAUUUAAUAAAAUAUAUUUUAAACGAUA